GGACGCUCAGCAGGGCCUGCCCUUCCCCCCAUCCCAAAGAGAUCCCAGCUGCCGAGUGGAGGCAACAGGGACCCCUCAUCACUCCUGAUGGCCCUGUCCCUCACACUCCUUGCCUGACACCUUCCCCCACAGCCAGUCAGUGAUGCUGGCUGUCCUUACUACUUUUGUUAAAUCCACUUUGCUUCCUGCUUCCUGCUCCCCAUCCACAGUUCACACCUCAGAGCUUUUGAUGUCUCCUGGCUGGAACCCACAGGAAGGCCCCCAAACUGAGCCCGCCCUCCUUGCAUUGUCCUGGGCAGGCACUGGGCAGAGGGCAUACCGGGCGGGGCAAGGAACAAACUUUUUAUUGAGUCUUUUUUACAAGUCAGGCAAUUGUCCUGUGUUUAAAUCAUCCCGGACCACCUAGGAGCAAGGUGGCAUGUCCUCUCCCAGCAAAUGCUGAGGGGCAGGAAGGCCAGAGGGUGCAGCCUCCAGCCCUGAGUCCCACAGCUUGUAAACUGUCCGGGAUUUCAGGUCUGACUCUGAGGCCUCACCUUUCUCCACAAGUCACAUGCCGGCCAGGAAAAACAGGAUUCUUGCUUUUCUCAAAACCACUGGGUUGUGUAAUUUACCAAUAAAAGGUCGCCAUGGGGACAGCUGCCCUAGAUGUCCUCUGGGCGGUGCUCCUGCUCCCUCUCCUGGUGUUUGGGGUCCCCACUGAAGAGCCCACCUCUGGGGAAGCUGUGGCCUCCCAUGCCCCUGGGCACUGCCGAUGGUGCUGUGACUCUGACUCUGAGGACCACCUGGCCCCUGCUGAUGCUGCAGACGUGUCCUCAGUCUCUCCGUCCACCCUCCCGUACGUGUUGCCUGAGGUCAGGCCCUACAUUAACAUUACCAUUCUGAAGGGUGACAAAGGGGACCGAGGCCCGCUGGGCACACCUGGGAAGCUGGGCCGGGAGGGUCCCCGGGGAGAGCGAGGCCCCCAGGGCACCAAGGGCGACAAAGGGCAGGCGGGCAGCCCUGGCAGCCCGUGCCAGACUCGCUUCUCGGCCUUCUCGGUGGGCCGGAAAACGGCCCUGCACAGCAGCGAGGGCUUCCAGCCGCUGCUCUUCGACACGGUCUUUGUCAACCCGGACGCGCACUUCGACAUGGCCGCUGGCCACUUCGUCGCCCCCCUGAGCGGCCUCUACUUCUUCAGCCUCAAUGUGCACAGCUGGAACUUCAAGGAGACCUACGUGCAUGUCAUGCACAACGAGGAGGCGGCCGUCAUCCUGUACGCACAGCCCAGUGACCGCAGCAUCAUGCAGAGCCAGAGCGUGAUGCUGGCACUGGCGCCGGGCGACCGCGUCUGGGCCCGGCUCUUCAAGCGGGAGCGUGAAAAUGCCAUCUACAGCGAUGACGUGGACAUCUAUAUCACCUUCAGUGGCCACCUCAUCAAGCCUGAGGACGAUUAGUUCCUCCAGCAGGGCAGCUCUGGUGCUGGGGGGUGGUGGCCAGGGCAGGUCCCAUCCCCGGCAGGGCCUCAGUGUGCCGCUCUGUCAAGUGGGCCCGCAGGGCGGCAUUCUGGGGAGCCCUCUUCUUCCUUCCUUCCUUCCCAGUCUGUUUCUACUGCUCUCCUCUCUUGGAGAGCUCAUUCAAUCAUUCACCCAACACUCACUCUGUGCCAGGCCCUGGGGGGGCAGGGGGGGGUGGGACACAGACCCCGCCCUCGGUGAUGGUGCAGUCCAGCUGGGCGGGGAGACACAGGGUUCUGAGGCCUGACCCAGAGAGACGCAUGGUGCUCUUAUCACACACGUCUGGGUUCUGGGCAUUCAGACACUGUGGCCCCUCACUACCCACGGCUCCCCAAGGCUGGCAAGACAGGGUCCCCGAGGUGGGGGUGUUCCCUGCCUACUCUCAUUCCUGCUCAGUGCCUGUCAUUAAGGCAAACCCCCGAUGAAGCCUUGGUCAGGGCAAGGGUGCUAUGAAGGAAGGACCCAGGGGCUUGGGCGCUUUGGGGGAGAAGAGGCCCCUGGGGGAGGGGUCCCAGACCCUUAGCUUCCAUACAGCUGGUAUGGUCACCUGCGAGGACUCCUGUCCUCACAGCACCCCCUCCCUACCCCCUCCUGGGCUCAGUUGAGACCUUGCUCAGCUUGUCAUGUCAAAACCGCCUGGGCCUCAGCCCUGCAAAGUUUCCGGCCAAUGGCAGGAAUUGAUAUCUGUCCCCAGGUGCUCUCUGACCCUCCUGGGCCCCUCACUGGCCCAGUGUCACUGGUUCUCUAAGCUUUAAGGUGCUGAAGGGCCAGCAGGGUCUCCUCUGGCCUGGUGCUGCAUUCAGAAAUGUGAGGACGGAAGGCCCCAGGCUUUGGGCCCCUCAGCAGGUCUGGGGGCUGAAGCAGGUCACAUUCUAGGUCUAUCAUGGGGGACCCUCCUCCACGCCAUGAUGCCAAGAGAGGCCCAGGCCAAGGAAGGGACAUCAGGCUUUCUGUCCCUCUCCCACUUCCAGGGUGGGGCAACCUGGCAGCCCUCAGCCUUCUCCCCCACUCGGGAAGCUUGGCCCCCUGCCCUGAGUGAGGCGGCCCCCAGCUGUUGGUGCUUAUGCAGACUCUGGGAAGAGGGGCCCGGUGGUGGUCUCUGGUGCUUGCUUACAGCCGAGGGAGCCAUGGCUGCGUGGCAGGUGACAUCAACGGGCCCCGACCAGGUGCAAAGGCCGGUGCUACGCAGUGUCCCAGCCCUUCCGCAUCCUGCCCUGCUCAGCCAGCGUGAUUAAAGGUUGCAUGUCUU